AUGGCCGAAAACCUUGAUGAUGAAUCGUUUACGUACCCCUGGAGUGUGAAGGAGCGGGCCACAGCCUUCAGCAACUUCAUGGCAGCCUCCAUGGUGCUGGUCUGCACAGUGCUGCCUUUGGGCUUCAUUCUGCCCACCUCCUUGCUGCUCUGGGUGUCGCUGUCCGCUGGCUUCGUGAAGCUGAUCUACCUCUUCUGCGUCUUCCCUGAAAGCGUGAAGCGACGGAGGGAUGAGGAUGACGAGGACAAGCCACUUUUGCUGAAAGGUGGUUCCUUCAAUCCGAUCGCCUCUGCGUGGUCAGCCCUCGCCCUUCUGAAUAGCAAUGCGUUCAUUUCCCGGCUUGCUUUGGUCCUCGUCUGUGCUGCGCUAGCAGCAUCCGGCUACGCCAUUCUGAUGCCUCCGUUCAUGAUGGGAUACCUGGGCUUCACCCGCAGCGAAAAGCUGAUCCUGGUUUGCUCAGCAGCGCUUUCCGCCCUAAUCGCCUUCACCUGCCUGCUGGGACCAGCCGUGAAAGUAUUUGGGCAAGUUCGCGUUCUUCAGCUUUGUCUGGCUGCCUCCGUGGUGGUUCCGUUUUUCGUGGCCUUCAGUCAGGAGCAGUGGCAGCUAGCCCUGAUCACAUUUCUCUUCGUCGGCCCGAUCGGUUUGGCCGUGCCUUUGGUACAAGCACUGAAGAGCAUGCUGGUUUCCCCGGUGGAGCAGGGCUUGAUCCAGGGUGCUGUGGCCUCCAUGACAAAGGGUGCGGCCACUGCCGGAUUCCUGCUUUUCAGUGUUGUCUUUGGGCUCACCAGCCAUGGCGGCAAGGUUGACUCCGUCGCAGGGGUCCUUCCUUCGUUUGCACUCAUUGCAUGCCUCUUUGCCGCGGCUGCUUUUUUGGCCAGCACACUGCCGACGACGCCUCCGCCUCCACAUCAAGAACAGAAGUUGUUGCAGUCCGACAGCGGUCCCUCGGGUGGUGGAAAUGAUGUUCUUCUUUUUGUUGGGCUUGAUAUCUACUGCGACAAGUGCUGCUGUGUUGCUUCUACUCUCGCACUCCAGAACCGAAUACUUCUGUAA